CCCAGGCAUAUACCUUGAAAUCAGUAUUAUUUAUCUACAUUUACAUAUAUUAAGGAUCUCCAUUCAACAAAUCAGCAGAAAUGGCACAUCCUGCGCUUCAGAUUCCAGAGAUCCUAGAACAGAUCCUCCUGGACGUAGACAUGCGAACACUCCUGGUUUCCGCCCAGCGAGUCAGCCAGCACUGGAACACGGUGAUCUCCCAGUCCCAACCUCUCCAACAAGCCCUAUUCUUCCAGCCCGUCCAGAAUAAACAGCAAACCCGCAUCCGAAACCCACUGCUAGAAGAACUCUUCUGGCACCCCGAUGCCGAUCCCCAGCCGGACCUCGGCAUCCCCAGUCUCAAAUUCAAAGUUCGCGUCCCAUACCAAGACCGCGUAUUCGCCCACCGCAACGCCAGCUGGCAACGCAUGCUCAUCCAGCAGCCCCCAACCUCCAAAAUUGGCUUCUUCAUGGGCAGCCAGAACACUGCCUACUACAGCAAUAAGACGAUAUGGAUGAUGGAUUUUUACAACUCAAGUCACCAGACCAAGAAGGAGCAUCUUCGAAUGGGCGAUUUCUACGCACCCAUGCGGGGACGGGGACUACAGUGCACUGAUGAUAAAUGGAUCUUGUUUAAUCGGGAUGCCGAGACGCAUCAGGAAUGUUUGAAAUCAGAGUGCGAUGUGAUGAUGGCGAGAGCGCUGGGGGAGUGCGAUAUUGUUAUUACGGCGUGGUUUAUUGCAGGGGUGGUUGCACCUAGGAUUCGGGAGAGGAGGAGCGAUAGCUUUAUGCAGUGGGUGGAUUGGCUUUUGGAUGAGCAUUUGGAUUAUAAACCACGGAUGAAGGUGAUGAAUGCUGAAGACAGGUGAAAUAUACCUGAUUAGGCUUGCUUAAUAUGGAUUAUUUAUAGAA